AUGACAAUACUUACAAUUACAAACAAAACUCAUAAUAACAUUCAAACGAGCCUAAUAACUUUUGGUAAUCCCCACAGUUGUGAUGGAAAAGAUAUAAUUAUUUGUAUUACUGGAAAUCCUGGUUUUGUUGAGUUUUACUUAGAAUUCGGUCAGGAACUUCAUACGAAAACUGGUUUACCAGUUUGUGUUAUCGGACAUGCUGGUCAUGACAAUGUAUCUGAUAUACAAUCCAGUAAAUUACAAGGCCAAGAACAUUUGUUUAACUUAAAAGGUCAAUUAAAGCAUAAAUUGGACCUUCUUGACAAUAAUAUAGACAAUAAGAGCAAAUUACAUUUCGUUGGACAUUCCAUUGGUUCCUGGCUUUGUAGUUUGCCAUCACACUAUGAUAAAAGAGUUUUAAAAUAUCUUAAUCCACAUAUUUUUGAAAAAGUUUUAUUUCUUGCAUAUGAUGAAAUGGAUAACAUAACAACAUUAAAUAAAGAUGGUGUAGACAAGGUUAAGCAUUUAACUAAUAUAAUAUAUUCUGUUGAUGAUGGAUGGGCUCCUUUAAAUUUUAUGAAAGAUUUAAUGAUUUUCCAACCUUAUCUUCAAAUGAUGGAAGUAAACACAGAUCAUGCUUUUGUUUUUAAAUCAUCAGAAUUUAUUGCUUUUAUAGCAUCUGAUUUUAUAAAACCCAAAAUUUCAGCAGGUAUGUAA